CCCCACCCCCGCCAACUAGCAUCUCCUUCAACCAACUUCAUCCCUUCCAUCAAUCUCACAACACAUCUUAUAUCCUAUCUUGAACCUCAUCCGAGAUGUCUAGGCGUUAUGAUUCUAGGACAACCAUCUUCUCCCCCGAAGGUCGUCUUUACCAAGUGGAAUACGCUCUAGAGGCCAUUUCUCAUGCCGGAACCGCUCUAGGAGUCUUAGCGAAAGAUGGAAUUGUUCUUGCUGCAGAGAGAAAGGUUACAAGCAAGCUAUUGGAACAGGAUACAAGUGCGGAGAAGCUGUACAUCCUGAACGAUAACAUGAUCUGCGCAGUAGCUGGAAUGACGGCAGAUGCAAACAUUUUGAUUAACUACGCUCGACAAGCUGCACAAAACUACCUUCUCACCUAUAACGAAGAUAUCCCAUGUGAGCAACUUGUUAGGAGGUUAUGUGAUCUGAAGCAAGGCUACACCCAACAUGGCGGCCUACGCCCGUUCGGUGUCUCUUUCAUCUACGCAGGUUACGACUCACAACGUGAAUUCCAGCUCUACCAAUCCAAUCCUUCCGGCAAUUACGGUGGUUGGAAAGCCACUUCUGUUGGUGCCAAUAAUGCCUCUGCCCAGAGUCUAUUGAAGCAAGAUUACAAGGAAGAUUGCGAUCUGAAAGAAGCUUGCGCAAUUGCUGUCAAGGUGCUGAGCAAGACAAUGGACAGCACUACCUUGAGCAACGAGAAGAUCGAAUUCGCAACGGUUGGCAAGACAGAGAGUGGGAAGGUGCACCACCACUUGUGGAGCGCGGAAGAGAUACAGUCCCUGCUCCGGGAGCAUGGCCUGGCGAAGGAGGAGGCGGAUGACUAGCACGGUAGAUGGUUUAUUUAGAAACAGAAGUCAAGGGAGUUCCCGAAUACCGAGCCAUUGAAAGUUAAUGCAAAAAAGCAAAUAAUCCUUUUUUU